GGCAGCAUGCACUGAUUGUAACAGCUGUAUUUCCACCUGAUAUAAAAGUAUGCUGUAGAUCUACAUACAACUCAUAAUGAUUGUAACAGCUGUAUUGCCACCUGAUAUAAAAGUAUGCUGUGCUUCCACAUACAACUCAUAAUGAUUGUAACAGCUGUAUUGCCACCUGGUAUAAAAGUAUGCUGUACAUCUACAUACAACUCAUAAUGAUUGUAACAGCUGUAUUGCCACCUGAUAUAAAAGUAUGCUGUGCAUCUACAUACAACUCAUAAUGAUUGUAACAGCUGUAUUGCCACCUGAUAUAAAAGUAUGCUGUACAUCCACAUACAACUCAUAAUGAUUGUAACAGCUGUAUUGCCACCUGAUAUAAAAGUAUGCUGUACAUCCACAUACAACUCAUAAUGAUUGUAACAGCUGUAUUGCCACCUGAUAUAAAAGUAUGCUGUACAUCCACAUACAACUCAUAAUGAUUGUAACAGCUGUAUUGCCACCUGAUAUAAAAGUAUGCUGUGCAUCCACAUACAACUCAUAAUGAUUGUAACAGCUGUAUUGCCACCUGAUAUAAAAGUAUGCUGUGCAUCUACAUACAACUCAUAAUGAUUGUAACAACUGUAUUGCCACCUGAUAUAAAAGUAUGCUGUGCAUCUACAUACAACUCAUAAUGAUUGUAACAAUUGUAUUGCCACCUGAUAUAAAAGUAUGCUGUGCAUCUACAUACAGUUCAUAAUGAUUGUAAAGCUGUAUUGCCACCUUAUAUAAAAGUAUGCUGUAGAUCUACAUACAACUCAUAAUGAUUGUAACAGCUGUAUUGCCACCUGAUAUAAAAGUAUGCUGUGCAUCCACAUACAACUCAUAAUGAUUGUAACAGCUGUAUUGCCACCUGGAUUUCACACAAUGUCAAAUCAGGCAUUUGCUACCUGUAUUAUCUUUAAAUACAUAUUUUUGGCAUGAUUUUAAUCACAGGGUGGAUGUUCUAAGUUUUCUUCUCUGACGACAUACCUGAAGUAAUCCAUCAAUUCUAUAUCAUUUUCAUCCAUUGCCAAUUCUGAUUCUGUGUAUACGUCUCUCUGGUUCAAUAUACCACAAACAUCGUUAUAAGAAACAGUGAUUGUGCAGUUCCUAUGUCCAGUGCUUUCAGGCAGAAAAAAAGUUCAUCAGGUACACCCGAAAUCAAGUUGUCUUCGUAAGUUGUCAAUGUAAGAGUCCCUUCAUUUCGUUCUCAAUGAUUUGCCGAACGGUGUCUUCUGAGACAGCAAGGUCCACUUUUUGAAAGCCGUAUGACUGUAGCCUUCUCUUUAAUGUUCUGAUGGACAGUGAAAUAUCAUGGUAUUGCAACAAGAACAAAGUUCUUUCUCGCAAGAAAAUGUCGGAAAAGUACGCUGGUCGCUUUUCCGUUGUGUGCCACAUAGUGGACAAAACAACUCUAAAUUUUGAAAUCUUCUUCCUCAGCGAUGACAAAACAUCACUCUGCUAUUGUUGUGCUAAGUUGUGCUAAAACAACGAUCGCCAAUUAGCAAUGACUUUACUUGAAAGUUUGCCAGGAGAAUACAAGCCGCUGAUCACAGCUUUCGAUGCGAUUGGAAAGGAAUCUUUAACUUAUCAAAAAGUUAAAGGAGUGUUGCUUAAUUAUGUAAAAUCAAAUGUUAGAUACAAAGAAAGAUGAAGAGGUGUAUGCUGCUUACUGAUAAUUCAGGAAAAAAGAAAAGAAAGAAGAUUACAGUAAGAAAGAAAAUAAACACCAGCAUUCUUUUCAAGACGUUAAUACUACAUGACGUACGAUUGUUCCUAGUCAAGGAUUUCUAUACAGUUUGGAUAUUGUUUUUAAUGUAGGAGUGUGCUGAUUACCGUAUUUAUGAUCGCGAGGUGGUUGAACUGAGUAAAGAUGUGUCCCUAUUAAUCCUUGUACCAUCCCCAAAACAUGUUUGCUCGUGUCCUGGUGAUGGAGAUAUCUUUUCAAACGAUGAUCGAUUUCUAUCUAUUCCUGUUCCUGUAUUUGAGAUGAAUGUUAUGAAAACGUAUCAAAACCAAUUUAUAUGUCACUAUUCAAGACUGUCGUCCAUUCUUGAUAUGGCAUUGCUUAUUAGUCAACACGAUUGUAGAAAGGCUAUCCUAGAUGACGAAGUUAAAGAAACCAAAGCAACACAAAAUACACUUAGUAAUUUUCAAAAAGAGUUAGACGAGACGUGGAAGGGUAUGAGAUGGUUAUUGGACAUUCUACACUAUACACGUGAUAGAGAAUGCGUCAGUGGUAUACCGCUGGAUCUCGUCUUUGACACCCAACGACCCUGUGGUCCGGAAGCCGACGAUUGUCAUCGGAAGCACUCGGAACUGAAAAACUUGAGUACAAUAACUACAAAUAGUGAUGCUUCGAGUUUAGAAAGUGGAGUUCUGAAGAUUUAUUCCUCAUUUGAGACUGGUCUUGCUCCAGGAAGAAGUGUAAAGCUUCACGUAUCCUCCGACACAACAGUAGAACAAGUUGUGUACUUGGUUGUUCGCCAACUAGAGAAACUCGUCCAGCAAAAGAACCCGGAUACAAAACUACUGACCGAAGAGAAGGUGAAAGAAUUUUGUUUAGUUGCUGUAAUUGGCGCCCGCGAACGUUGUCUCAGCGAUGAUUAUAAAAUACUACAGCUUCAAAAUCCUUGGGUCAAGGGAAAACUGUUUGUGCGCCUGCGCGUCGAAGCUAUUGCUGCUAAUAAUCGUUCAACGUCUACGUUAGUGUGAUAUCGAAUCAACACAUUCUGAUUGACGUUUUGUUGAUUCAGCCGUCAAAUAUCUGGCGCGAUAUUUUGCUAGCUCCCCCCGGCCAAGCGAUCCGUCUUAAUAGAACUAGUAUAGAUGUUGCUAGACACCACAAUAUUUGAAGGAGGGGAAUCUGGUUGUGUUGAUAUUUCUUUGACGACAGGAACGUCAACCGGAAAUAGAAAAAUAGAGUUCACCUUAUGCCAUUUAUUCAAAUGUCGACGUUAUUUCAGGAAAUAGUUAUGUUACGGACAUGAAAAAAUAUGUUAAAAACAGAUGUUUAAAAUUAUGUUAAUUCUAGAUAUGUAUAUUGUUAAAAAAAUAUUGUUGUUAUUUGCUCUUGUUUGCUGUAUGCAUGUGUUGUAUGCAGUUGUGGGAGCUGGUCUCCAUUGUUUAUAUUAUAGAAAAAUUGAAAUUGA